AUGGGGAGCAUCGACAUUUCCGCCUAUGGUCAGCUGCAGUUCAAGACGCCAUGGAUUGAGACACCACUGGUCGAGUCUGCAUGCCUUUCUCGAGCAGCUGGUUGUAGGAUCUUCUUAAAGUUAGAGAACGUGCAGCCAAGUGGCUCCUUCAAGUCCCGUGCUAUGGGCAACCAAAUCCUUUCUCACCUUCGCAACCCAGAGAACGUGGGCCGCAGAGUCCAUUUCUACGCCUCGUCCGGAGGAAACGCCGGACUGGCAGCCGUCUGUGCAGCCCGGAGCCUGGGCUACCCAUGCACUGUCGUGGUUCCCAUGGGCACAAAUCCCUUGAUGCUUGACAAGAUCCGGGCGGCAGGUGCAGCAGACGUCAUCCGGCAUGGCGAGACAUUUUCAGAAGCAGGAGAAUACAUGCGGGAAACUAUCAUGAAGACAAGCAGCGGGAAUGACCAGGAUGUGAUCAAAAUCGCCCUCCACCCCUUCGACAACCAGCCUAUCUGGGAAGGAAACGGCACCAUCAUCGACGAGCUCGAGACCCAGCUUCCUCCCGCCACCACCCCCGAAGACAAAAAAGCCUACAAUGACCGGGCCCUCCCUUUAGACGCCAUCCUCUGCAGCGUCGGCGGUGGCGGCCUUCUCAAUGGACUCGUCAUGGGCAUCGAAAAGCGACGACAGAAGAAGCAAAUUACCUCAUAUUCCUCACCCACACCAAACCCCAUUCAUCUCCUCGCCAUUGAAACGGCCGGCACCGAUUCACUGGCAGCAGCCAUCGCCAAUAAAUCCCUCAUCUCCCUCCCAAGGAUCACAUCCCAGGCCACUUCUCUCGGUGCUGUCCGCGUCUCGGAAACAACUUUCCAGUACGCCGUGUCCCCGCCCCCAGGCAUCAAGGUGCACAGCGCCGUGCUCUCAGAUGCAGACGCCGCCCGCGGCGUGCUCCGCCUCGCCAACGAUGAACGACUCCUCGUCGAGCUUGCGUGCGGUGUCUGUAUCGAAGCGGCCAUCGGCGAUGCUGCUACUGCUGUUCCUACAUCGAAGUGGAAGAGGGGCUUGGAUGAGACUGAUAUUACUUACCGCGAUGAGGGCUAUGGGGAUGACCGGUCGACCUCGACGGACAAUGAGACAGACCAGGAGGUUGAGCCAGAAGUCGGCGAGAAACUGAAUUCGAAGCUUAAGCAACUUGUUCCUGAUCUCAACUCGCAGAGUAGAAUUGUCAUCAUUGUCUGCGGCGGUAGCAACGUCACUAUCGAUAUGGCUAGUGAAUGGCGCAAGAUGUUGGAUGAGGGAUGGGCUUGA